UCCAAGAAUCAAAUUUAUACACCUCCAUGAACAAGUCAAUGCAUGCAUCCAUCUGUUGAAAACAAAAAACAUGACACAUGAUUUCAAGACAGUGGUUACCUAUAUAUAACAAAUGUUACAACAAAAAUGUUCAAGAAAUAUCCAAAAUAGUAAAUGGAAGAGGCACAUAAGGGAGGUGAAGAAGUAAAGUACAGGGGUGUAAGGAGAAGGCCAUGGGGAAAAUAUGGAGCAGAGAUUAGAGACCCUACAAAGCCAAGUGGAAGACAAUGGUUAGGAACAUUUGACACAGCUGAGGAAGCUGCUAGAGCUUAUGAUUGUGCUGCCAUUCGUUUGAGGGGUGCUCUUGCCAUUCUUAAUUUUCCUGAUGAAUACUAUUUUCAUCUUUCUUCUUUAUCGCAGUCAUCGUCGUCGUCAUCGUCUUUGUCGUCUAAUGUUGCCUUUGGCAGCACUACUUCUAGACAGCAAAAUGAAAUUAUUGAGUUUGAAUAUUUGGAUAACAAGGUUUUGGAAGAUCUUCUUGGAUCAUCGAAAGAAGAGAAUGAAAGGAAUGAUGAUUAACAUUAAUCUAUAGAGUAGUCUUCUUCUCAUAAAAUGUUACAUGACUUUCCACGUAUAUGUUUUCGACUAUAUUCUUGUUAACAUUUGUGCAAUCUUUGCACAAAAACUUGUUAACGGUUAUUUUGUUAGAGACGAUACUCUAAACUUGUAUCUUUAAACUGUAUCGUAAUUAUAAAUCUAUAUGUUAUUAUUCA